AUGGGCUCGCGCGUCCCCAGCGCGCGCCCCAGUCGCCGCGGCAGCAGAGUCGGCAGCCGCGUGGACCUCAUGACGGGCCUCGGCAUCAAAACCGCCAUCGAGCCCGAAGAACGCUUCAUCGAGCCCGACUUCAUCGAAGCUGACGAGGACUCUGACGGCGACGAAGAAGAAGUCGCGCGGCUAGCUCGCGAACGCGGGUUUGGCCUCGGCGGCUGGAUGGAUCGACUAAUCGGGUGGUCGCUUUUUGCCGUCGAUGAGGAUAGAGAGGGGUCGUCGGAUUCAGAGGAUGAAGAUGACGAGGAGGGGGGGGAUGCAAGGGAGGGCAAGGGAUUGAGUGGGAAGGACUUGAAGUUGGAUGAUUUGACCAAGGAGGAACUUAAGCUGCGUCGUGAAGUUGAGGCUAAGCGUAGGAAAAUGGAGCGUGAGGCCAUUAUUGCGGCCGCGGCGGUUAAAAGUCAGCAUGGUGAGCAUGAGGUGGGUAGUCGACCAAGUACGGCGGGUGAAGGGGAAGGUAGUGAGGAGCAGUCGAGGCGAGUCAAUGAGGAGGCGGGAGGUUGGCAGGAUGCUGCGUGGUUACUUAGUGUAGCUUCCAAGGCUCUUUUCUAG